AUGGAGCACGUCGAGCCCGCGCAGGAUGUGGGUGCAGCGCUGUGGAGCUGCGGAGGCGGGGCUUUCUACAUCCCUGCAGGGCUGCUGGAGACGGCUGCCCUGGCACAGGCGGGGCUCCUCUGGGGGCUGCCGCACCCAGCUGCUGCCGCCGGCAACCUAGCGUACGGCGGCAGCGGCCACCUGGCGGCGGCCUCCUUCUACGGCAGCGGCCAGCCGGAGCCUGCCUGGAUGCCAGGCGGCGGCCCUGCCGCCGCCUAUGUGCGGCCCGCCGCGGCGCCAGCAGGACACGGCCAGCCAGCGCUUGCCUUCAUGCCGGUGGCAGAGGCAGGCGGCGGCCGCAGCAGCCCUGACGCCGAGCCGGGGACCGACAGCAGCGAAGAACCGGCGCAGGGGGACGGCGGCGAGGCCGCCGCGCCUUUGGCAGCAGCGGCAGCUGCAGCGGGCGCCGCCGCCGCUGCUGCGGCCUCCAGUGGUGCGGCCCUGCCAGCUCAGAUGCAGGCUCACCUCCAGCCGGCCUACGCCGCCCAGGCGGGGCAGCACGGCACUGCGGCCGCGGUGGCGGCCCGCCUGCUUGGCAUCGACGAGCUGGUCCCUGGCAUGGCAGCGGCGCCUGCAGCCGGGGACAAGGCCGCGCGGCGGGCGCUGGCGGCAGCCGAACAGAUGCCAGGCGGCCUGGAGUGGGAGGAGCCUGUGUCGGUGGACGAUCUGUUCGGCCCUGACGACAGCUGGCUGCGCGGCACGCCUGCGCCCACGCUGGGCGCUGCCUCCAGCGGCCAGCAGGGGCAGGGGCCCGGUGCCAGGCUGGCAGCCGCCCCAGCCGUCUCCCAACAGGCGCAGGCUGCGCCAGCUGCCAGCGGCCCGACAGGCGGCACGCGCAGCAGCGUUGCAGGCAGGGACCCGCGGCUGCCGCCGCCGCCGCCGGGCACGCCCACCAGCCUGGCGUACCGCCAGCAGCAGCUAUCAGAGGUCAUGGCGGCACUGCAGAGCGUCAGCCAGCUGCAGAGCGCCGGCCAGCUGCCCCUUCAACUUCCGGGGCGCGGCGCCGGCCUGGCGGCGGCGGCCGCCGCCGCCGGCGCGGGCCCCUCGCCUGGGGGCGCGCUGCCGUUGCAUGCCCAGCAGCGGCAGCAGCAGGAGCACGGGGAGGAGGCGGAGGAGGAGGCAAAUGCCGACACGGCUGCCGCCCUGGCAGCCCUGGACUGCGCGCGCCUCGCCGGCCCGGCGGCUGCCGGCGGCGCGCACGGCGCGGGCCCCGCGGCCGGCGUCCUCGCCACUUUUGAGCAGCUGUGGCGCCAGGCCGCUGCCAGGUCGGCGGCAGCGGCAGCUACGCCAGCAGCAGCGGCGGCGGCAGAAGCCCCCUCUGCAGCGGCCGAGGGCCCGCAGCGCCGGUUCACACGCCGCAACAGAGGCGCCGAUGCGCCGGCUCAGGCCCAGGCUCCCGCCCCCACGCCGGCCGCAGCGGCGGCGGCGCGGCACGCCGCAGCGGCGGCUGCCGCUUUGGGGCUGGCUCAGGCGCAGGGCGGGCUGGCAUCUCUGCAGCUGCGCCAGGUGGACGGAGCAGGCGACAGCCCCAGCCCGCCGCAGAGCAAGCGCGGCGGCCCCCCCAGCCAGGCGCGGCGGCAGGCCGUGGCCCCGCCCCGCGCCGCCGCCGCCGCGCGCAGCUGCGGGUGUAAGCGCAGCGCCGAGGCCGAGGCCGAGGCAGGGCAGGGCGAGGGCGAGGGCGGGCAGGAUGCGCAGGCCGCUCCGCAGCGCCGCCGCCGGACCAGCCGCCGCCAGACCGGCGCCGACGGCGCUGACGAGCAGCAGGCAGCCGCGGUGCCGGCCGCAUCUCCCGCCGUCACCGCCGCGGCGUUGGCAGCAGGGCUGGCUGGCGGCGAAUACGUGUUCGCCGGCUUGCCGUCUGGUGUGGCAGCCAACGGCGGCCUGCUGCCCCUGUUCCUGCCAGGCGGCCUCUUCCGGCCGCCCGGCCUGCUGCCGCAGACGCCGCCGCAGCAGCUGCAGGGCCAGGCCGGUGGCGCCGCCGCCGCCGGCGAUCCCUCCUCUGCCGCAGCCCCCGCGCUUGCCGCAGCAGCAGCUGCCGCGGGCGGGCUGGUGCCGCUGCUUGCCCUGGGCGGCGGCGGCGCGGCCCCGGCGGCAGCGCAGGUGGCUGUGGCGCUGCCAGGCGGCGGCUACCUGCUGCACACGCCUCCCCACCUCAUGAAAACAUCUGCCUACAGGCAAGAGGCCUGCUGCCGACGCCUGGCACCUGGCGCCGCCCUGGCGCUGCCCUCUUCCUGCCUCUCCUGCUGCAGCCCCUGCCUCUCCUGCCUCCCUGUCUUCGCCCAAGUGCCCUUGGGAGUGUCAUGGUGCAAGAGGCGCAGCCUGUGGGAAGCCGCCAUAUCCAUCAAUGGCAAGCGGGAGAGGCUGGGAUUCUACCGGCAGGAGGAGGCGGCGGCGCGCGCUUACGACCUGGUUGCCUCCUGGCGUAACAAGCAGAUAGUGCGGCAGAAGGCGGCACGCAGCGGGCAGCCGCGGCGGCGCCGCCGCCGCCCGCACAGCGGCAGGAAGGGCGGCAAGCGGCGUCGCGGCGGCGACGGCAGCGACGGCGACGAUGAGGGGGAGGAGGAGGAGGUGGAGGAGGAGCAGGAGCAGCCGCGCCGGCAGAUGAGCCAGCUGCUGCCGCUCAACCGGCCGGGGGAGGCGCCGCAGCUGGCUCCCCUCGGCUCUCUGGAGGAGGUGCUCCAGCAGAUCAGGGAGGCCUCCAGGCAGCAGCUGAAGGAGGAUGGGCAGCCCACCAGCCCUGCCGCCGGCGCCGCCGCCGCCGCUGCGGCACCGCGCAGGCAGCAGCGGCGCCGCGCCGUCGACAGCUCUGGAGACGAGGAGGAGGAGGAGGGGGAGGGCGAGCAGCAGCCUGCUGCCGCUGGCGCUGGCGCUGCCUCUGGCUCCGAGCUCAUCACAAACACCCAGCUGCCGCAUGGCGGCCCUGCCGCAGCUGCGGCUGGCCUGCCUGCCGGCCUGCAGCUGGUGCAGCCGGCGCACGCCGCGGCAGGUGCGGGCGCGGGCGCGGCUGCUGCUGCUGCGGCGCUACACCCGGUGGCCAAGUCUUCACGGUACCAGGGCGUGUGCCUUUGCGGCAACAACCGGCGCUGGCAGGCGCAGGUGACCUUCAAGCGCAAGCGCCACUACCUGGGCAUGCACGCCAGCGAGGAGGCGGCGGCGCGGGCGUACGACCAGGGCGCCAUCUGCCUGCUGGGCACCCAGGCCCAGACCAACUUCCCGAUUGAGCUGUACGACGCUGCCGCGCUUUCCUCCCAGGACAUUACCGAGGUGGCAGCCAGCCUCAAGGCGCUGGGCCGCCCCUCCCGCGGCGGCGGCGGCGACGGCGGCAAGGGCAAGGGCAAGGGCAGGCGCCUGGCCAUUGCCGCGGCCAGCGACGGCAGCGGCGAGGACAGCGAUGCGACCGUCACUGAGACGGAGACUGAGGACGAGUAG